AUGACUAGUGUCAAAACAAUUGGACGCCUGUCCAGCAAUGCGUGGAAAUCUACAACCAUCUUUGCUUCUCGCCUUCGAUCCCACUCACUGAACCAAUUGCGGGUGGCCUCCUCUGCAGCUGUGGCAUCAGAGAGUGAAACUGUUGCAGCACAACAAAACUACAAAAUCAUACAAGACACAGACAACUUCGAUGAAAUCCAAGCAGCCCGUCCAGACUUCAACCAUUCUGCAGCCAUUGAAGUAACCAAGUCGCCUAAUCCAAACUGGAACUAUGGGGACGGAGCCCCAAACAGUCUAGCCCAAAAACAUCAUGAAAUCGAUCCCUACGCCCAAGAUCGACCAAUGAUCAACAAUUACCGCCUACUCGUCUCUGGAAUUGUCCCACGACCAGUCGGGUUCUUGAGUACAGUGAACUCAAAGGGUGAAAAGAACCUCUCUCCAUUCAGUUACUUCCAAGUCAUCGACCAUGACCCACCCAUGUUCAUCGUGGGCUUCUCAUCUCGACCAGGCCGUGUCAAAGAUACAUAUCGCAACCUAAAAGAAACAGGCGAAUGUGUAAUAAACACCGUCUCCGAAAACAUGAUUGAAGCAGUCAAUGCCACAUCCAUUGAUGCUCCAUAUGACGUCUCAGAAUGGGACGUUUCAGGCCUACACGAGGCGCCCUCUAGCACGGUGAAACCGGCCCGUGUCGCGGAAUCGGUGUUCAAUAUUGAAGGCAAGGUUAUUGAUAUCAAGGAGUUCACGGAUCAUCAGAAGCCGGGCAUGAGUCUUGCUGCGACGGUAUUGAUCAAGGCUACUCGGUUCUGGGUUAAGGAUGGAACUUCCGAUGCCGACUUUAGUCAUAUUGAUCUGGAGAAGUUACGGCCGAUUGGCCAGCUUGGGGGUAUGUCUUAUGGUCGGAUUUUGUCGACUUUUGAGCAUCCGCGGAAGCGGUGGAGUGAGGAAGUUUCGAAGAGUGAUACUUUGUCUAGAUUGGAUGCUAGGAAGUGUGGGGAUAGUUAA